UGGUCUUGUCCCCUCUGACUGCACCAUUCUAUCUGGCUCCCUUCGGCAUUCUUCUCAUCACUUGACCUCCGCCCCUUGCAACGUCCAGAGUUCCUGCAGAGUGGCAGUGAGGGUCGGCUUAUUCCGAGCUGAGACAAAGCACCCACUGUCUGUAUCUGUCUGAGGUACUCCAGCCACCUGAGUGCUGCCUCUACUAAACAGUGCAACCAGUUUUUAAGACAAGCAGAGAAGCCGAAUGAUUUUGAAAGCAACAGCACGGAGGAAUCUGCUCCACAGCUGGGGCACGGAGCCACAAUCACAGACAACCUGUGCUGCCAAUUUCUAAGAAUCAGACAACAUCCCUCAGCUAUGUCCAGCAUUCAAAUUUAUCCCAGGCGUGACAAAUAUAGAGUGCAUCUACCGUCCUUCACCUCCUUUCCAAAUGAGGGAAAACCUCUAACAGGAGCCAACAUGAGCUUGAAGAAACUGAAGUUGUUCAAGUUUAAGGGUUUCGGCAGCUUAACAAGCAUCCCGCGAUCUCUGUCGAUCCGACGAUUCUCAAGCAGUUCUGAAGGCAGGAAGAAAGAUCUGGGAGAGUACUCUGUGGGUCUCCAGGUUGACAAAGAGGCAGUGCAGGAAACAUUGGAUGAUUUGGAAACCCUGCCCAGGAGCCCUAGCUAUGCCCGAUCAAAUGAAAUGUAUACCUACAUUGGCACAAUGCCACGCCGGAACUCUAAUCGGGUGGAGAAACCAAAGGAAAAGCUAAGUGCUGCUGAGGGACAGACCGGAGGAAGGAGUCGAUUUGGGCCUUUGCCACCAGUGCCUAACAGUGACCAAAAUGAGCCGUCGGAUAAGGAGGAAUCACCGGCUGAGGUGGCACGGCCAGACAUGGAGGUUGGUGUGGCUGAGGAAUGUCAGAGCUCGGGCCAUUUACAGCCAUCGCUCUUUGACUCUAAAUCACCAUCGUCAGACACAACGAUUUCCUCAACCCAGUCAUCUCCUCAUCAAAACGCGAAUGAUCCGAAGAGCCACAUUGAAUCCCAACUUAAAGAUAUUCCGGAAAAAUCAAAUGAACUUGAAAAUGGAGUACUUCAGGACAAAGCACUUCCUGCUGGACAAGUUGAACAUACAGGAUCAGAAGUCAUAGAUGACAAGAGUGAGCUGAAAGAUGACAGUAACCUACAGAACAUGGAUUCCAAGUCAGAAUAUGUCAAGUUUUCAAAAGACAAAUAUAUCCUGGAUUCCAGCCCCGAGAAGCUGCACAAGGAGUUGGAGGAGGAGCUGAAACUGAGCAGCACAGACCUACGGAGUCACGCCUGGUACCAUGGGCGUAUCCCACGUGAGGUUUCUGAGAAUCUAAUGCAGAAAAAUGGUGAUUUUCUCAUCCGUGAUUCCCUCACGUCUGUUGGUGAUUACGUGCUGACCUGCCAGUGGAGAAACGAACCUCUCCACUUCAAGAUUAACAAGGUGAUGAUCAAACCCAAUGAGGCCUUCACCCGCAUCCAGUACCUGUUCGAGAGGGAGAGCUUCGACAACAUCCCCGCCCUGGUCCGGUUUUAUAUCGGGAACCGUAAGCCUGUUUCUGAGCAGAGUGGAGCCAUCAUCUACUGUCCAAUCAACCGCACCCUUCCCCUCCGAUACCUGGAGGCCAGCUAUGGGCUGUCCACUGGGAAGCAUGGGCUAGCUCAUCCCUCAGCCAAUCAGAAGGGUGGAUACAUUAAGAGGCGGAGUGUAACCAUGACUGAUGGUCUGACAUCUGAUAAGAUCAUCCGAAGUGAUAGUUGUGGCAACAGCAUUCCGUCAACACAUCACAAGGAGCCAAUCCGCAAUUUUGCUCUGAGCAUGGAUCAAAUCAAGGACAUUCGGCACGGGAUGUCUCCAGUGAGCGAGAUCCCUCUCUCUCCAGAAUACAGCACAAGUUUGAAGCACAAAAGCCAUCUCGGUCGGGUAGCAAGGAUGACACCAUCGUCACCAGUACUUCGGCGUUCCAGUGAACCACAGCUUAGCCCACCGAUUGGUAACAGACUGUGCCAGGAGCCUAACAAAGAAAAGCCCAAGGAGGCUUCAAGUGGACCUCAUUGUAACAGCACACAUUCCACCCCGUCAAAUAGCUCCGUGCAGUCAGACCAGAGAGUGGCCUCAGAGAACUGUAAAGAAUCAGAGCACAGCCACUACUGCGAGCUACGGCCCUCGUCGCCACUCGACUGGGAGAGGCAGCAGAUGGAACUGGCCCUCAAGCAGAGUCAGCUGAUGGCAAAGAGCUAUGUGGAAAGGUUGAAAGUUGAGGAGAAUCCCAACAUAACCAGCUGGCAGUCUGAGAUGAACUUUGGGAUCCUGGAAACGGAGGCAUAUCUCGGUCGACUGCCCAGCUGCGCAGAAGAGGGAGAGGGGCUGCAGUGUGAACCGUUCACAGCCCCAGUCAUUGAACAGGUGUCUUCCUUUAAGCUGAGUGGAUAUCAGUCGCUGCUCAUUCCCUUGGAGAAUAAGCCACUUGAGAUGACUAUACUAAAGAAAGUUAAGGAGCUGUUGGCUGAGGAGGAUGCAAAAACGAUUGCCAAGCACAUCACGAAAGUAGACUGCAUGGUUGCUAGGAUACUGGCUGUUUCCAAGGAGCUGCAGAAGCAGAUGGGGGUGAGCUCAGGGCUGGAGUUACUCACUCUUCCCCAUGGGCACCAGCUUCGACUCGACUUGCUAGAACGGUUUAAUACGAUGUCGAUCAUGAUGGCAGUGGAUAUUCUAGGCUGUACCGGCAGCACAGAGGAGCGAGCAGCCCUACUCCAUAAAACUAUACAGUUGGCGGCUGAACUGAAGAGCAAUAUGGGCAAUAUGUUUGGAUUUGCUGCUGUGAUGAAAGCUUUGGAGAUGCCUCAGAUUUCAAGGCUCGAGCAGACAUGGAUAACUCUUCGUCAACGGCACACAGAGGGAGCGAUUCUCUAUGAGAAGAAGCUGAAACCCUUCAUGAGAAACAUGAAUGAAGGAAAAGAAGCAUCGCCACUGACCAACACAACCUUUCCUCAUGUGGUUCCCCUUAUCACUUUGCUUGAACGUAACUUGGCAACUACCGACAACAUUGAGCCAUGGGAGGUCAGCGAUAGUGGUGUGGAGGUGGUUAUGUCACACCUGGAGGCUGCAAGAACAAUUGCACAUCAUGGGGGACUGUAUAAAACCAACGCAGAAAUGAAACUACAAGGUCUUCAGGAAAAUGAACAAGUCCUUGAAGUUUUCAAGACAGAAUUCCAAAUGCGGCUGCUGUGGGGGAGCCGAGGAGCAGGGGGCAACCAAGCUGAGCGAUAUGGAAAGUUUGACAAGGUCCUAUGUGCACUGUCAAAUAAGCUGGAGCCUCCAGUUCAUCACAGUGAAUUGUAACUGGAAGGGUGUAUAAUCAACUUGCAAGCUUGGUUAAAGGGAUUGGUGACAGGAAUUCCCAAGUAUUGUGUUUUUUUUCUUUUUAAUUUAAUUUUAUUUUAGAGAUCCCUUCUGUUUAAUGACAAAGCACUAUUGUAACAGUCAUUGGUAAUUCACAAGCAGGUGUGUGCACAAAAUCAUACAGAGAUUGGAAGAAUGGGUGCAGAGGGAUGGGUUUCAAAUGUCAACUAUUUUUGAUCAAAGAAACCAUAAUGAUCCCUGAACUGAAAGAGAGUUUUAAUAAAACUCCAACUCAUUUAUUGCCGAGCUGUACCGAUGAGAAUAGUCUGCAGUAAAAGUAUACAAGCAAACAAUCUCAUCUCAUUUGGAUGAGCAGUGAGGUGCUACAUAUGGCAUCAGGGAAUUUAUCUUAGACUGGAGAAGUGGAGAAAAAAAUCAGCUGUAGUUGUUAUCUAGAGAGUCAUGCUGGAAAGUGGACCUGCAGCUAAGCUUGGAUUAGACCAAACAUGCUACUGGUUUAUUGAGGCUGACUCUCAAACUUGUACUGAACAACCUUACUGUGGAUAAGCUUCUGGAGUUGGAAACUACAUUCCAGCAGGUACCAGCACCUUUUAAAAUAAAAACUAAAGAAAGAGUGGAAACAUUUUAUAAAUCUUUCAAAAGAUGACCAAACCCGAGAAGAUUUGCACUUUUCAAAAAAAAAACUCACCAAAAAUAUUGCAACAACAUGCAUUUAUCUGGCAUCUUCAAUGCAGAAAAAUGAUACCUGUAUAAGCAAUGACAUUCCACUGCAGAAGUCAGACUUAUCUAAUGCUCUGUCUUGGAGGUCUAAGGAAAAGUCUCAAAAAUCAACCAAGUCACAAUGAAAGAAGUUUGGGACAAAACUCUUACCGAGCAGAACUAAAGAUGAACCUGGUGUUGUUUGGUUUGUAACCCAUAAAAUGACAAGUCUGACUGUCUCACUGUGAAGUUACUGUACAGUAGAAUUUUGUUCUCAUGCUCUAAGAUAAUUUGGGAGUAAAAUUACACAUUAGCAUUAAAUACCCAAUGUGAAAAUACCACCUUUGCUGUAUCGGUGGGAAGGGAAGUCCCAGACUGAUCAACAUAUUACCUGGCUGGAUGACCUCAAGAGUGAUUUCAAAAACAUCCUGUGUGUGCACCAAGCCAUCUAUGGUGAAGAGUGAGACAGGGCAUCUCAUCUAGAGAGAACUGUAUGCACAGGCUGAUCGACAGAUGGUACAAAUCCACACGGCUUCUAUCUAUUACCUGAGUGGUUAGGAAGCAAAAUGUUGAGUUUCCUAUCAUUACUGAACGACCUUUCUCACGAUGAAACAUUGGAUGCAGCUGGCAUGCUAUCUAUUCCUUUAUAACUGGACUCAUUUGAGUUAAACUACUUUGAAGAAAGUGAAGCCCAAGGAAAUAGACACACGAGCAUCUACAAAAGAUGAGAAAGAAGAAAGGCAGGGAGGGAGAGAGUAGUGAUAGUGCACAGUUGCUCUUUUACAAAAAAAAGAGUAAAUGUGCUCCAGUGCAAGGAUGAGGAAAUCUGCAGAUGCUGGAAUUUCAAGCAACACACAUAAAAGUUGCUGGUGAACGUAGCAGGCCAGGCAGC